AUGUCGGCGCUGUUCAACUUUCACUCGCUGCUGCGCGUGGUGCUGCUGAUCAUCUGCACAUGCACCUAUGUGCGUGCCACCGCACCGGCGCUCGUCGACCGCAACAAAGAGGGAUUCCUCGGCGUCUUCUUCAAAUCGGCACGCAUCGGCGAGAGAUUGAGUCCCUACGUCUCAUUGGCAUGUCUUGUGAUGGCGGUAUACGAAGUCGUCUAG